GUUAAAACUAAAUUGCCUACGUAGAGUCGUAGACCGAAUCAUAAAUAAAUAUUGUGUCGUGAAGACAUUUAGUGUAAAAAUGCCUCCUCUUUUUAAAUAUUUAAUUAUUUUGUUAUUAUUUACUUCGUGCAAUGGUAAAUCACUAUUAUCAAUUGAUAAAAUGUAUUUAAAAGGUGUGCAAGCGUAUACUGGCGAGAGAUGGAGUGAGUGCAUAUCAAAGUUUGAGGAAUCAUUACAUUUAUAUAAACUUUACAAUUCUAUCUUUAUAAACUGUGGAGUGAAAUGCAAAACUCAAGCAAAAGACUCACUAAUUGAACCAAACUUUAAUGAAUUAAAAGUUUUCGAAUCAUAUUUAAAUGAAAGAUAUUGUUUAAUGAACUGCAGAGAUAAAGAACUUGAAGCAGUUCGCAUAAACAGUAAUGUAAAGGAUACUAUAUUACAAGAUUUUCAAUCACGAAAGCCUUAUGGCUACUUACAUGUUUGCUACUUCCAAAUGAAUGCACUGCAGAAAGCGGCAUCAGCCGCCUAUACAUAUUUCCAAGCUCACCAGACUGAUGAUGUUAUGAAGAAUAACAUUAAGUUCUACAUUGGACUGCCUGAAGUGAGCCUGAACGAAAUGGUAGACUUGGAAAGUGAAGAUUUUGAGGUCUUGCACAAAGUUGGGUUAGAGUCUUAUGAGCAGCAAAAAUGGGGUGAAACAAUUAUGGCCAUGGAAGAAGUCAUAGCAGAUUACUUGGCCUGGGAAAUGGGUUGCCGUGUGGCCUGUGAGCACCUACCGGAGCAAGAAUGGUCUUCAGAAUUUGUCAUCUCUGUGUCAAACAACAUGCUAUCCCUGUUACAAUGUAGACAGCAAUGUCAAAACAAACUAUCAAUACUAGGUUUUAAAUCUGGCAUUGAAUUCCUAGCUGAUACCUUGAACUUUUUGCAGAUAUCUUAUUAUCAUUCUGAUAAAUUUGAAGAAGCUGCAAUGGCUGUAGCUAGUUACUUAACCUUAAUGCCUAAGGAUGAAGAUAUGCUUCAUAACAGGGCACUUUAUGGUUCCUUUAUUGAUAAAAAUGCAUUCAAUGCAAGGCCUGAUAUUUUGUAUUAUAUAAAAAAUGAUUUUUAUGAAAAGGAGAUUUUGUCCCACUUUCAUCAAACAAAUACUAUUGAUACCAAUGCUCAUUCUGAAGAGUUCUAAUUACAGAUAAAUUUGAACAUGCAUUUAUUAGCAUAAAGAAUAUUUAAAUGUUUUAAUAAGUAUCUUUUUUAUUUUCUUUUUACUAUUAUGUAAAUGCUGGUCAUGUGUUGUUUUCCAGUUUCAUUACAUACUUAAAUAAAUUAGACUUCAGAGCCAGUGCUAUAUUAGGUCAUCAUACUUUUAUAUAGUUUUUAUAUGUAACCAUUGUUCCUACUUAUCUUAUACUGAUAAUAAUGUAGGUACUAUUAUUAUGAUCUACAUACUCUUGGUCAAAUUAUGAGAUACCAGUUUUAAAUCAAUGUACAUACCUAGUCAUAAGUCAUGUCAGUGUGCCUUUACAUUAUGUAAUAUUAACAUAUACUAAAGUAUGUGCCUAUUUUGUAGCAUUUAAUUAUACAAAACACUUAAGGAUAUAUUUUUAUACUUGCUUCGUACAAAUUAUUAAGUAAUAUUAGUCAUAAUAAUUACAGUGCCAUAUUUGCAAUAUAUGCCAAAGAUAUUAAAUAAUAAGAGAUUGUUUUCUUUAUUUUUAUUGCUUACAAUAAUUGUGUUUGCUACUCUGGGGCCUAAGUAGAACUAAUUGGGGAAGAAGUACAAAUGAUACUAUGGUACUAACCAAAAGUACAUCAGGAGAAGUAAAUUAUAAGAAUGUAAUUCACUAUCUAUGGAUCCGCUAAAUAAAAGGCACCUAACCUGUAAUUGCUAUCUGUCUCGCUUAAUAACUAAUACUAAUCUUCUUAGAAAGAGAGGCCAAAAAAUAUUCGAG